AACGUCCGGCCGCGAUACGUCGGGAUGAAGCAUGGAGGUGUGUUAACGGUGUCUUCGUAAGUUGGAGUAGUUUCGCCAUUUUCUCAGUGUCUAAACCCGCCAUCGUUACGCCUAUUGCCUAUCGUUGUUGGGCGUCAACUACCGUCAACGGAUCAACGGUGUUGGUGUUGCGAUUACGAGCGCGAGCGCAACGCCUGGCACGGCGUCACUACGCCAGGCUGCUAUGAAUCAAUCGCGCAAUUUCACGUCGCUGCUAAAUCCAAGCUAUCUACAGAACGCUCAGCAGCAACAGCAACAGAAUGCAACCUCGGCGGCGGCAGUGGCCGCGGCGGCUGCCGCGGCUGCGGUGAGUGCUGCGAUCGCGAACGGCACCCAGACGAACAUGAACACGCCGAGCACCGUAACGCAGAACCGCAAACGGGAAGCAGAAGGCGAUAGUAAACAGGAUAAAGAAUCUAAAGAUGGAGAACGUAAGAAGAGGAAAAAGACUAGAUGGAGUGGUAGCGAUACCGACAAAUCUGACUCCAAUGUAUACGGCAAAUUGGCAAUAUCUAACUGUUGGGGUUUCCGCCCCCUCACUGGAGAUCUUGGCAUCCCGCUUAACCCUGAGGAAAGAUCCCCAUCUCCAGAGCCUAUUUACAGUAGCGAUGGUAAACGGUUGAACACGAGAGAAUAUCGUACAAGACGUAAAUUAGAAGAAGAACGUCAUAAUCUGAUUCAGAAGAUCCUUAAAAUCAAUCCAGAAUUUAAGCCACCACCAGAUUAUAAGCCACCAAUAAUACGAGUUCAUGAUAAAGUAAUGAUUCCUCAGGAAGAACAUCCUGAUAUAAAUUUCGUUGGUUUGCUUAUUGGACCGCGUGGAAAUACUUUAAAAUCUAUGGAAAAGGAAACUGGUGCAAAGAUUAUAAUCCGUGGAAAGGGCUCUGUGAAAGAAGGAAAAGUUGGUCGAAAAGAUGGACAGCCUUUGCCAGGCGAAGAUGAACCAUUGCAUGCAUAUAUUACCGCAAACAAUUUAGAUGCUGUGAAGAAAGCUGUAGAACGAAUUCACGAGAUUAUUCGGCAAGGUGUAGAAGUACCGGAGGGUCAAAAUGACUUGCGACGUAAUCAACUACGCGAAUUAGCUUUGUUAAAUGGAACAUUACGCGAGAACGACGGACCACGUUGUACUAAUUGUGGGGCUUCAGAUCAUAAAUCUUGGCUGUGUCCCGAUAAACCAAAUGUGACAAACAAUAUAGUGUGUUCAAGUUGUGGUGGUGCCGGACAUAUUGCUCGAGAUUGCAGGUCAAAGAGACCUGGUCAGGGAGGUCCAGCAGCCGCUGGAAUGGGAGGAAUGGGUCAAGCUGGAGAUAAGGCCAAAAUAGAUGAGGAGUACAUGUCGCUUAUGGCGGAAUUGGGAGAAGGCCCGCCACCGGAUAGAUCAAAGACGGGACAAAAUAGACAGACUCCCAAUCCAAAUUAUCCUGGACUUUUUGACAGACAACAGCCACCUCGUGCGUUAAUGGCAGCUCCGGCUCAUCCUCCGCCGCAGAUGAUGCAGAGCGGCCCAAUGAUGCCUCCACCAGGCAUGGCACCUCCACCGUGGAGCCAAGGAAGCGAAGGAAUGAACAACAUGAACAUGCAAUGGCAACCGCCAGUGAGCAUGCCACCACCGCCAGGCGUGAUGCAGCCGCCACCACCGCCGCCCGGCUCCACUACGCAGCCCAACAUUCCGCCGUUAAUGCCGUGGAUGACAGGUAAUAAUCAACCACCGCCACCGGGCCAAAUGCCACCUACACAGAUUCCUCCACCCGGGAUGGGCAUACCGCCGUGGCAGCAGGGUCAACAGGGACCGAUGCGGCCGCCACCGCCUGGCACGGCGCCGCCUCCAGGAUUCCCCGGUGGCUGGCAACCACAACAGAUGGGUGGCUGGCCACCAGCUGCGCCUGUCCCACCUCCGCCUCAACAACAGACUCCUGCGCCGCCUGGAAUUGACCUGAAUACGCUGCCGACAUUACUAGCGCAACCACCUCCGCCGCCUCCGCCCACCAGUUAGUCCUAAUCAUGUAAUGAAUGACUUCCGAUCUAUAUAAUAACAAGACGAUAUCAUUGAGAUAGAAAAGAAGUUUGAAGAAGAAAACGAAAAAAUGGAAGAAGGGAGAAGCUAGGCAGGCCUAUCUCCCAUUUUAAAAAAAUGGUCACGAUUUUCAGCGCUUCUAUUUUUGGUCUUACUUGAAGAUAAAUUAAAAAGGAUCAUGUGAUGUGGGGCGGGCUACUCAAAUGCAUAUAAAUGCGACUCUCUCUUUCUCUCUCUCUCUCUCUCGCUCGCUCGCUCGCUCACUUAAUUAUUCAUUCUUUCUAUCACAGAUAAUUUAUAUUCGUUUACCAAAGUUUUCCUUUUACAUUAGCUUUGUAUGUUUCGUGCGUUUUCUUUAUUUGAUUAAUAUUUGUAUAAUAUAAAUAAACAUUACUAUGGUCAUUCACAUUACGCAUUAAGAAAUUUUGUUUAUUACACCACCAUAUUAAUAUUUUAACAACAAUUACGCGAAUCAUCGUCAUAAACAUGUUGGCAUGCUUUACACUCAUUGCAAUCCAUGUUUAUUGUCCAAUUCUCAAAGCGUAUGGUAAUACUUUGAAAAUAUUACGUUGAUCGUGCUUCGCAUCUGUAAUAAUUUCAAUAUUCUACGUAUAACUUGCUUUCUUAUAAAUUAAACAGCUGUUAUUUCUAAGGCUAUUCUCGCAUUCUUCACAAUUGUUAAACCGUUUUUUAAUGGCGCUAACAAUAUCGCCAUGAUUUAAUAAAAAUGAAUCGUUGUGAGUA